UCCGACAAGUAAUACCAAAAAACCAAUCCUCCCAAGAUGUUCAAGUUCGUCGCCGCCGUUAUCUUCGCUCUGUUUGCCUGCGUCGCCGCCAAGCCAGGAAUCGUGGCUCCUCUGGCCUACUCCGCCCCCUACGUGGCCUCCCCCUACGUGGCGUCUCCCUACGUGGCAUCUCCCUACGUGGCAUCUCCCUAUGUGGCUGCCCCCUACACCGCCGCCUACACCGCCUCCUACGCCGCUCCGUACGCUGCCUACACUGCUCCCUAUGCCGCUGCCUACUCCGCCCCUCUUCUCCUGAAGAAGUAGGUUCCCGGAAGGAUGACCAACACCGGAGGAUAACAGAUGGACACUCGCAAUGAAACUGAAAUAAACUCGCAAACAAACGAAA